UUCGUAUGUUGCUAAGUCUUCCUGUUGGUUGUGCUCAGCCUGGGCAAAAACGGAGGAAAAGCUUCUUCUUCAGGCUCUUCGUCCGAGUUGGAGAGAAGAAGUAGCGAUGUAACCUUCUUGACAGCAAAACAAGAUCAUGGCCUGAUUUACUCCCCUAUUCUCUUUCCUUAGAACUGUGUUCUCUCGUCCGUCGCCAGAAUGGCGUACAAGCAGAAUACCUACUGGAAAGAUGUCCUCACUAUCGUGCCGAUCGUCGGGGCUAGUCUGGCUACCGUCACGUAUCUGCUGCGUCUGUACUCCAGGCGACUGACAGCUGCGGGGAUCUUUCUCGAGGACAUACUGAUGGGCAUUGGGUUGAUCAUCUCCUACUGCGCUACGGCUUUUGUAGUUGAGACUGCGUUCAAUGGUGUUGGUGUACCUGUCAAAACUCUGCCGCAUGAUGAGCGGUAUCGUAUUCAAUUUGGAUCCUGGAUGAUACAGAAAUUCUGGGCCCCGUCCAUGGCCUUUGUCAAGAUCUCCAUCAUCGUCUUCUUGAAGCGUCUCCUGGGGUCUGUCCGUCUAUAUGCCACCAUCUCCAAUUGCCUGAUCGCCUUCAUUGCCGUAUGGGCCCUAACCGCCGUCCUGGUCAACACGUUCCAAUGCACGCCGGUGCAAUACUACUAUGACAAGUCGUUGAAGGGACACUGCAUGAAGGGGCAGGUGCAGUUCUUCCAGGCUAUGGGAUCGAUUGCCUUGAUCGAGGAUGUCAUCAUUCUCUGUCUACCGAUUCCCAUUGUCUGGAGACUGCAGAUUACUUUUCGGCAGAAGCUCGCCUUGACCGUAGUCUUCUCCCUCGGUGGAUUGGUCUGCAUCUUCAGUCUCAUGCGCCUAAUCGAGUUCCGCCACUUCGUCGUCACAGAUCUCGCCUCCUCCAGCGCCAAAGAAUCCAUCUGGACCUCCCUCGAACUCGACGUCGCCAUCAUCUGCGGCUGCCUGCCGCUCCUCAAACCCCUCGUGCAAGGUUUCCUCGGCAAAGUCAAAAGCGGCGUCUCCAAGGGCUACUCGCAGCCCUCCGCCGGCUCCAAACUCCCCUUUCCUGCGUCGCGGACAAACAACGAUGGGUUUCAGCAAAUCGAUGAUCCGAAUGGGACGUUGGCGUCGGCCGCGUCGAAGACGCUUAAUGUGGCGACUACGCCGAGCCGGAAUAGCUCUGAUGUGGAGUUGCAGGGGAUUACGGUGCAUACUAGUAUCCGGCAGGAUGUGGAUGGAAGGUCGGAUGUGGGGAGUACGGAUCGGGUGUUGAAUCAGGAGUGGAGGCAGUAAUAUAUUGCAUAUUUUCAACUUGUAUAUAUUAGGUUCUAUUCAUAAUGUAUUUGUGACACCCCUGUAGCCGCUGGUGGCUCGAUCUGACGAACUGCAUGGGUGUUGCGUC